ACGCAAAUCUUGCACAUUGUGAUGUUCUGUAGAUCAUCAUUAUGUUCUUCAAGUGGUGAAAUAUGUGAAAUAUUUUAUACUGUGUCGUGCCACGGAGAUCUUCUCUCCACACAACCAUUGUUUGUUUUGUGUGCUUGCGAAGGACAAAAAGAACGGCCUGUAGGUUUUUUGCUGGUGCGCGCUACAACAACACCACCUUGAGAACAUGGGCAUGUGUUGACAUUUCAGUGAAUGUCACAUUGAACUAUUUUUGAUCGAACUUACAGACAUUGACGUUAAAUCGGGAGAACAAUCAUGCGUCAUAUGAGUGUGAAAUUGUCUUUUUAGGUUGGAUCUCUGUUUUUAAGUACGCAAUGGAUAGGCCUUGCAGCCAAGAGGGCUUCAACCGCAGAAAUGCCCCUAAAAGUGGAGCAAGCAGAACGUCUAUCAGCGUUAAACUACCAACAGCAGGCGAAGAUGGCCGAAAAUCGGCUGAAAGUGAACAUUUAAGCACAGCAGCUCCAAAAGAGUCACUACCUCUGGGUCUAGGUGGUCUGCCUGGAAAUAUUGUAAUAAAUGAACCAUUCCCAUCUCCAACCAGUGGGUUGAACUUUCCACAACAUUUUCCUGCUACAGACUAUACACACCGUUAUUCAUCCUCAGACUUCCCCAACCAGCCACGCAGGUCCUCUAUCCAGGAAAGAAAGUUAUUAGAGCAGACUGCAGCAAGCAUCAUUGAGAGAGCCUGGAUAUCUUACCGUGACCGUCACAUGUUUAGACUCCUUAAACAUGCUGUGUGUGCAGCUGAAAACUCUCUGACCAGUGAAAUAUUAAGAAAGGUUUCCCCAAAAGAGGCCUCUCUCUUGACAGACAAAAGUUUACAAAUCCGUGUAAGAUUUAGAUUUGGAGGUUGUGAAUUCCCCCCCAUGAUUUUCUUCAAGAUCUUCAUGCACACAAAUGGUACUGGCGUCAAGUACAUCAGUGGCAAGAGAGUGAUAAAACCAGACACUGAGGCAGCAGAGGAUUCCCUGAAGCAGAUGGGAAACCGGUUGUUCUAUGACCAGAUACUACAGGACAAUAUCUACCAGAAGCAGUUCAGGGUCACAGAUGAGGUGGAUGUCACAACCCUGAAGGAUUACAUGCAGUAUUUGGCCAACCUUGAUGAAACACCAGCUUAUAAGGGUGGCAAAGAGAAUUAUUGGCGUAAAUUAACUCUUGAUGAUGUUCCUCGUCACACCAUGUUCUAUGACAUAGUGGACUACCUGUACAGUCACAGGAUCUCAGAUAGACUCCGUGCGGAAGUUCCCUUGCUGAUGGUCAGACCCAUCAAUCAGGGCAUACAACGACAACACAUCAAGAUCGUCUCCCAGUUCAGGCCCCUCCCCACAGUCUACACAGCCCCUGUGUCCACUCACAUAGGCUCACACCCCAUCCAGUACACAGGCACAGAGAGACGCUCUCGACAGGCCCGGCUACGUGCCAAGAAGAUGAGGAAGGCAUUUGGCAUUUCAGAGAGAGGUGACCCAGAAUAUGGAGGUGAUGAGGGUCUGGAGGGAAUGGGGGUAGUAGGGGCUCUGGAAGGGGGAGAUGACGACUGGGAAGAUGAAGCCAACAAGCUAUAUGAGUGGACACAAGAACUGUCGUUUGAAGACAUUGCCAAAACGCCACGAGUAGUAACGUAACGCAACGCACACAAACCUUUACUACAAGUCGCAAUGCAAAGAGGAAUAGCUCGCCCCAUGUACCUCUUCUAAUUUUAGUAGCUGUAUUUCAGUUUGUGAAGCUAUAUGCUGUAGAGUUACCAGCAUCAGUAUAAAAUAAAUUCAGUGCCAGUUUGUUAUGAUCCACUGAUAACCAGGUUGUGAUCCAGUAUUGUUUCAUAAGAGUUUUACUCUCUAAUGAAUUUCAACAAAAAAGGUCUCAAAGAAGUAAGCAGGUUUUAGUGAUUGCUGUUUGAUUUUGAUGCAUCUUAAUAAUACAACCCUAUAUUUUGUAUUCAGAUACUUGUAUCCAUGUUUGUACAUAUCAAUAUUAUAUAUUUUCAAAUGCUGGCUUAGGUUACUACUAACAGGUAAGCCUAGUGUAUAAAAUUGCCAAUAUAUGUAAAUGCCAUAAGAUAUCUGCAUCUGCGUCUUCACUUAAAAUGGUGAGGAAAGAUUUAGAUGCAAGUUUGAUUUGAUCAUUAAUAUCUUAAGGUGAUGAGUGAGUGAGUGAGUGCUUUGGCUUUAACGUCGUACUUAACAAUUUUUCAGUCUUUUAAUGACGAAGGAGCCCUUAAAGUGCGUGCAUAUGUAAUGUGCCUCCCUGUUACGGGACGGAUUUCUGCCGCCCUUUUAUCUAGUGCCGCUUCACUGAGACCACUUACUGAAGGCAAGCAAGCCGCCCAGCUCGAGCCAUUAUACUGAUAUGGGUCAACCAGUCGUUGCACUAUGCCCUGAAUGCUGAACACCAAGCGAGGAAGCUACAACUACCUCUAUAAGGUCUUUGAUGUGAACCAACCCAGAAUUGACCCUGGAUCUACUGCCUCCGAAGUGGACGCUCUACCAACUGGGGCCGGUUUAAGUUGAUGGCAAUCUGCUGGCUUUAUUCUAAAACCAUUUUGACCAUGUUAACAAUGAUCUUUCUUAUUCAAGGGAAGAUGCAAGAUUUAACAACUUCAUGGAGUUGUGGGUUCAAUCCUAACCUUGGACAGAGAAUUUCUAGAUUAAAUUUCCUGACAUUGUUCAUGUUCUUUGGUGACAGCGACUGUCAACACUGUCAGUCAGACCAUGUGCACAGCCUUGGGUUUGAUGAAGACCGGAAGCAGAGUUGAGUUCAAACUCUUUUGAUGCAGAAGGUCAAAACGGUUCUUCUGUAUCUUGUGACUUGUUUAAGAUGUUAAGCAAUCUUUGUUGACUUUAAUUUACUGCUCACCUAUCUCACAGCAUUCCCAAAGCAUGAUUGGUGUCUUUUUCCUUCAGGAACUUCUGAAGUUCACAAACAUUCAACUCCUCAAUUUGGCACAAAUCACCUUUUGUCACACCCUUUUCAGAUGCCCAUGCUACAGUAUAUGUGAUCAAAAAUAGUUGCCUAACAUUGUUGACAGGUCACAUGGUGCAGUAGCACAUCUUUUUUUUUUACCUUUAGCUAUUAAAAAUUUCGAACUCAGCACUCCAGCAUUGUCUUCCAUAAUUUUGAUUAUAGUUUACCUGGACCAUCAUCUUCUCUCUAACCAUAAUACUGAUCGCUAGAAUGCAAAUUAAUAAUGUAAAAUCAUCCUAUAAAGACAAAGGAACAUAAAUUCUUCACUCUUUUGUCUUAUGGAACAAUGGUUAAGAAUCAUUAAAAGAAAUUCCUGAAGCUGGUUCACCAAAAGAGAGUAAAGGACUGUUGCUUCGGAAGGUCAGGCUGCGCAAAAAAACAUCCUCCAUGUAUAAUUUUUCCUGUAACAUUGCUACCAGAGAGAGACAUCUGGCUUUUGGUUUCGAAACUUCUUGGCCCUGGAUCCAGAUAACCAAAAUUUAAUGCAUCUGUAGACCUACUUUGUCCAUCUGUUGGCCUACUUUGUCCAUCUGUAGGCCUACUUUGUCAAUUUGUAGGGCUACUUUGCUCAUCUGUAGAGCUACUUUGUCCAUCUGCCAUGUUUGUAGGCCACUUUGUCCAUCUGUAGGCCUACUUUAUUCAUCUGUGGACCUACUUUGUCCAUCUGUAGGGCUGUUUGGUCCAUCUGCCAUGUCAGUAGGGCUAUGUUUUCCAUCUAUGGGCCUCUUUGUCCAUCUGUAGACCUACUUUGUCUAUUUUCAGCCAUUAACAAAGAUGGAUAAAGUAGGCCUACUUUGUCAAUAGCUGAGAUUGUCA